AUGGAAAGCACAGCAAUGGAAUCAGUGGAUGGUCGUUUCAGUGGUUUCAGCCACACCAAGAUGAUGAUGGCUCUUGUGGAACACUACAGUUCGAUACCCGACCAAGACCUCGUCGUUUCAUGGUUCUCGACCUCGGAAGACCUGAACAGCGCACCCGUUCGCGCCACCCCUUGCCCCUCCGUUGCCGAUCAAUGGCCAUACGAAGGGGAUGCCUUCGGUCUUGAUGCGAGAGAUAUCUUUGAUACCCAGAUCCCCGACAUCAACCAACGCUUUCCCACUUUCGACGCUUACGCUACCCCCGAAACAGAAAACCCCAUGGCUCGUCCUACCGAUGGAAACAUCCAAGCCCACGCUCAGGGCUUGGUACCCGAGAUUUGUCUUAUUCCCGACUCCCGCUCGGGCGUCAGCACCCCUGAGCCACUGCUGAUGUUCAACAUGCCCACGCCAAGCGAUAUUGACUCGUUCCUCAGCACCUCAAACUUGCUGGCAUUUGAUGAUGCCGCAAGCCUUUUUUCCGACAAUCAAUUUCACUUUCACGGCCCUGCCACGCCAGUGUCGCUAACAUCAUCGUAUCAUCGUCAGAAUGAAUCGAUAGUGAUGGUUCAAGAGCAACCCGUCAUCGAGUAUCAUACACCGUCGGACUUUCUACAAGACUUUGAAGAUGAGCUCGAAGAGACUGAGACAUGUCAGCCUUCGGGGAUGACAAUGCAUGGGCGGGUUGAGGUUCCCAAACCUUCGGAGGCAGCCCUAGAGUCAGCUCCUUCUGCGCCUUUAGGUCCCAUUACAAAAGAUUGGAAGCUUCCUCCGCGCAUCCAACGAAGAAAGAAGGUCAAGCAUCAAAACAACAAUGGAAUGAAAAAGCCCACCAAACCCGAGCCAAGCGGAGGAAGCAAAGCAAGAACCAAACGACGAGGUCCGUAUACCGACGAGAGUAUGAGACAAAACACCGCUCUCACUCGCGUCCUCAAGUCGUGCAUCAGGUGUAGGAUGAACAGGGGUCGCUGCAAUCCCGACCCAUCAGAUCUUGACGGGCCAUGUCUCACCUGCAAGCGCAUCACCGGCCCGACCCUCUGCAAGAUGCCCUGCUACCGCUACAUCGUCACCGACGCCUCUCUCUACCGCGAGCAGAAACAUCCAUCCUUUUCUCAUCGAUGGCAGAGCAUGGACAUCAUCGACAUUCCCGCUUCCGACUGGGCGUCCUCAAACAUUCGAACAAUCGUAGUAUCCCCGGUCCAUGUCGACGCCCCCUUCGAGUUCCGUGUCCGAAAGUUCAACCCUGUAGAAGGAGAUGUGGUUCACGAAAUGUGGAAGACACCACAAGGCAUGAAACAAGUCGCUUUACCGCGCUACGCACUGGCAGAGAUGCACGAAGCAGGCGAGACGCUAAAAGCUUACAUCGAGACGAGCGUGUCCAAGUUCAUCGUAGCGACGGUUGGGCAUUUGGAUACCAUCUUUUGGGAGACGUACGGGAUGGCGUUUAGGCAUAUUAACGAGGCUAAUACAGAACAAGAACGCAGCCUCAUGUCCAAUGUCUUCCGCCUCUGGGUCGUCUGUCGCUUAACCAGCAACCCGGUCUUCAUCUGCGGCCCGGAAACCCUCGACGGAAACCCCAUCAACGACCCAGAAAGCAAGUACUUUGGCCGCGUCCCGAUGCCCAAGAUCAUGACGGCGCAGUUCGAGUGCAUCGAGUACACCAAUUUCCUGCGGCCCUGGAGCAAGGCGGUGCUUAAACAGCUCAACGACCUGGUGCUGGCCAAAAAGAGGGAGUACUGGUUUACCAUUUACUUGGCGCUGUUCGUGUUGUUGCAUAGUUGCUCGAUGGUUACGAGGAGGGAUGCGGAGACGGCUAGGAAGUGGGGGAUGAGGACCGAGUACGCAAACCCCGAGAGCAUCAAAGCCCACCACGCCGGCGCCCAGACAAUACUCGCUCAUUUCCACUUCAUCAACAAAGGCGUGUUGCCGUUUGACAUGCCGCACGAUGAGGCGGGACGACUUGAGCUUGCGAAGGCAGCUAGUUUAAGUGAGGAACAGCUGGAUUUUGUGUGGAAGACGGGGGAUAUGGUUAGGGAUUCUGUGCGAGUCGCACGCAUGAACCACGUUCGCUCACACUUUGACGUCGGGGAUGACUUUUACUGGAUAUCCAUGCUGUACGAUCGGGAGUGGAAGCCUUUGGGGAAUGACUGA